AUGUCAUCAGAUACUGGUAUAUUACGUACGCCUGAUUCUGCAUUCAUCAAUCUAUUAGAUUAUCCUUUUAAACCGAAUUAUAUUUAUUUAUCAAAUCCUGGUGGGAUUGGUAAUGGAAAAACAAAAUUACGUCUGCAUUAUUUAGACGAAGGAAACAAGAACAGUAGAGAAACAGUUUUAUUAUUACAUGGUGAACCAACUUGGAGUUAUUUGUACCGUCAUUUUAUACCAUUGUUAACACAAUAUCGAGUAAUUGCUUUGGAUCUCAUCGGAUUUGGUAAAUCGGAUAAACCAAUCAAUAAAAGUGAUUAUACAUACCAAAGACAUGUUAACUGGAUCAAAGAAGCUAUUGAAUAUUUAAAUUUAAAUAAUAUUACAUUAUUUAGUCAGGAUUGGGGUACUUUGAUUGGUUUACAAUUGGUUGGUACAAAUGGAAUAGGAAAUCGUUUUGCACGGGUUGUUGCUUCCAAUGGUUGGUUGCCUACAGGUGAUGGACCCGUUACUGACGGUUUUUUGCGGUGGCGAAAGUUUGCAUUGAAACAAACCAGAAUGGAUGUUGGUUGGAUAAUAAAACGUUCGGUUAUAAGAAAAAUGAAACCAGAAGAAAUUGCUGCUUAUGAUGCUCCAUUUCCAGAUGAGAAAUAUCAAGCUGGUGCAUUAAUAUUUCCCCAAUUGGUACCAAUAACACCUGAUAAUCCUUCAUCACAAUAUAAUCGUGAUGCAUGGAAAAAUUUGCAACUAUUUCAUCGACCAUUUUUAACGUUAUUCUCUGAUUCGGAUCCAGUAACAGUUGGCGCAGAAAAAUUCUUACAAAUGUCGAUACCAGGUGCUAAUGGUCAACCGCAUACUAUUAUCACUCAAGCUGCUCAUUUUCUACAGGAAGAUAAGCCACAUGAAAUUGUUAAACAUCUUAUUAAAUUUAUUAAUGAUAAUCCAUUGCCUCUCGAUUCGAAACCAUGGAUCAAGUCUCAAGGGACAAAUACAUAA